AUGGCUUCGACGGACAACGGUUUAGCAAUUAUUGGAUUAAUAUUCGCCCUGAAGGAAAAAAAAGUGAAGCGGAAAAAUCGUAGCAUCUGGUGUAAAGAAUGGCUAAUGAAAAGAAGAGUUCAUUCUCAUGUCAAUUUGUUGGCGGAAUUAAAGCUUUUUCCAAAAGACUGGCAUAAUUUUCUAAGAAUGGAUCACGAUACGUACUUACAUCUACUGAAUUUGGUAGCACCAAUUAUCGAAAAGCAAGACACUAUUAUGAGAAAUGCUGUUCUACCCCACGACAGCCUUGUAGCUACUUUGAGGUUUUUAUCAACAGGAAGAAAUUAUGAAGAUUUAAAAUUCUCUAGCAUAAUUUCAUCUCAAGCCUUAGGUCGCAUAAUACUGGAAACCUGUGAAGCAAUAUAUAAGGUUCUCCGCAAAGACUAUUUUAAGUUCGCACGCUCGGAAGAAGAAUGGAAGGAUGUGGCCAAAGUGUUCGAAAAGAGAUGGAACUUUACGCACUGUCUAGGCGCGAUGGAUGGAAAGCAUAUAGCAAUUUUUCUUCCUGAUGGAUGUGGCUCAGAGUAUUGCAACUAUAAAAACCAUCAUAACAUGAUGUUAUUGGCAAUCGUUGAUGGAAAUUAUCGAUUUCUUUUAUGUGAUUUUGAAACAAAUGGAAGAAUUUCAGAUGGUGGCGUACUUCACAAACACUAAGUUUUUUGAAAAAUUUGAUAAUAAUCAGUUGUGUAUUCCAACCGACACAGUUGUCUCAAAUAGCUCUAUAAAGUUGCCUAAUGUGUUUGGGGCUGACGAUGCGUUUCCACUUAGAACAGAUUUAAUUAAGCCAUUUCGACAAGCAGACUUGACCACAAAUAAAACCAGAAUUCUAAAUUACCGCGUAUCACGAGCAAGGCGCAUUGUCGAAAAUGCGUUUGGGAUCUUGGCAUCUCGAUUUAGAAUUUUCCACACAAAAAUUAGUAUUGAUCCGAAACGAAUAGAGUCUGUCGUGAUGGCCAGUUGUGCUUUACAUAAUUAUUUAAUGAAGACUUCAGAAAGUUCUUACUGUCAACAAGAAUGCUUCGACGUAGAAAAUGUUGAUGACGGGUCAAUAACCCAAGGAUAUGAUACAUGAAU